AUGAGUCUCCUGCAACUACCUGCCCCGGUGCUCAUGUGUAGGCCAAUUGCAGCAUACACUACCAUCAAAUUACUCUCAAUCAUCCACAAGCACGGUCGACGAAGCAGCAAGCCAAUCCAGUCACUCAUUGCCCGGCAAAUCUGGUCUGCCGAGUCCAGAUCUGUCCAGCUCAUCGCGCGGUACGAUCCGCCGCCCAAGCUCGCCCCAAGCUACCGGCCACCACAGCUCCACAGAUCAACUGGAAGAGCCCGCCUAGGUGAGGGACCCAAGCUUCAAGCUCCACACCGCCUACUCCAGUCGGAUUCUGCCGCCCGAAACUACCAAAAAGUUCCAGUGGACCCCGCGACACGGCCGUCCUUGCACUCCGUCUCUGCCAAAAGCGCCUACCAUAUCCUGUGUUCCAUACGUAGGACACCGCCAACAACUGUAAACAUGGAGAACGACAACACAGCCACAGCUUCUGUGACCGCAAAAAGCUUGGAUGCCCAGAUGAACGACGCUCCAGCACAAUCACCCGGCGCGAAUCCAAGGAAACGAGCACGAGACGAUCACGAGGACGAUGCAGAGGAAAACGAGGACGAGCCAGCAGAGGACAACGGCGAGUCGAAGCCUUCCAAAGACCCAGCAGACGGUGCAGCAGACCAGCCCAAGAUCUCAAAAAACCAAUUGAAGAAAUUGAAGCGCCAAAAACUCUGGGAGCAAAAAAGGGAAGACCGCAAGGCAAUCCGAAAGGACAAACGGCACGAGAAGUCGGCAAGGAGACGACUCGAGCGCGACGAGAGGGCUGCCAAGAUCGCAGAGGAACAGGGCAUCGAGAAGAGCGAGGCCCUGAAGCAGAUCCUGGCGGCCGAGCAGAAGGAGCCCAAGCCAAAGGUCGUCGUGCCAGUCGCCUUCAUCCUCGACUGCGACUUCGAGAAGUACAUGCGCGAGCCCGAGCUCGUGUCAUUAGGAGCUCAGAUCACGAGGAGCUACGCCAUGAACAGAGCGGGACAGUACCAGGCGCACAUACUGGUCAGCUCCUGGGGCGGCUAUCUGAAGGAGAGGUUCGCUACGGUGUUGCAAAAUACGCAUCUCAACUACAAGGGCGUGCGAUUCCUCGACUAUGACUUUGUGGAGGCGGGCAAGACCGCGUGGGAGAUCAUGCAUGGCCCCAGGGGCGGCGGAUCUUGUCCCGCGUUGGGCGGCGAGCAACAAAAAUCGGAGGAAAUGCCCAGCGACAAGCCCACGGAAGAGGGAGAAGAUGCUCCAAAAGAUGAAACAUCAACGAAGAAAGAGGCCGCGACCGCGCCGGCCCCGGAGUUCGCAACCGAGUCCAUCGUCUACCUCUCCGCCGACUCCCCCAACGUCCUCGAGAAACUCGAGCCGUACACAAGCUACGUGAUCGGCGGGCUCGUCGACCGGAACAGGGAGAAGCUCCUGUGCCAGAAGCGCGCCGAGGCCAAGGGCAUCCGGACGGCCAAGCUGCCGAUUGGCGAUUACAUGCAGAUGGCGAGCCGGCAGGUCCUGGCGACGAACCACGUGGUCGAGAUCAUGUCCAAGUGGCUCGAGACGGGUGACUGGGGCAAGGCGUUCGAGGAGGUCAUUCCAAAACGAAAAGGGGGCAAGCUGAAGGGUGUGGACGGGGAGGGAGAGGGUGAUGAGGAAAAUGGCAAGGAUGCUGAGGCUGAGGCUGAGCAAAGUGACAACCAGGAUGACCUGGGCCAGAAGCAGGACCAGCAAGGCGACAAGCAAGAAGAGGGACCGAGUGAGGCUGUGGCAUAG